AUGGCUUCUUCUAUACUUAAACUACCUUCUUGCCUGUCUUUGAACAUCAAACCAUCUUACAAGCGUACUACUCAGGUGGCCAUGCAAGUUAGAGCUCAAAGAUUUAGAGAUGAAGGGAAGUCAAGUAACAUUGUUGAUGCAAAUUUGAGUGUUCUAAGAGAAAGGAUUGAAGAAGUUAAGAUCAAGGAGAGAUUUGAGAGGUGCUGCAAAAGUGAAAAUGGCUGGAAUUAUGCACCUGGAUAUAAUUAUAUGCUAAAAAAAGAAGUGGGGUUGGUUCAUCAGUUCAUUGAUCUUGUAGUACAGGAGAUUCAUGCCGCUGUCCACAAAAUGAGCAGCCCUCUUUCAUCUGAAAAGAAAAACUUCCGCUUACCGAUCCAAGAUUGGAGCAUUCGAUCAAGUGUCUCUGUGUGCUUGCCAGCUGCUGGACGCAUUUCUCAUGAAUUGACUUUAAAUAUAUAA